GCUGCCUUGUGGCUGCAGAGCGGCGGCUGACGUCACGUGGUGCUCGGAGGAGCUGGGUGGCGCGGCCGGGAGGAGAGGAGAAAGCAGACAGAAGAGCAGGAGAAAGGCAAAGAAAGCGAGGGAGCCUAGGCCUGGCCACAAUACCAUACGCAAGGGCCACCGCGGAGAGACCCAGAAAACACUCAAAUCUAAACAUCUUCCGCAUCAUGUCCGCUGCACAGGUGUCUUCGUCCCGGAGACAGUCGUGUUAUCUCUGCGAUCUGCCUCGCAUGCCGUGGGCCAUGAUCUGGGAUUUCACCGAGCCCGUCUGUCGUGGCUGCGUCAAUUACGAGGGGGCCGAUCGCAUCGAGUUUGUUAUCGAGACGGCGCGCCAACUGAAGCGGGCUCACGGUUUCCAGGAGGGCCGCUCUCCGGGGCCGCCUCCUGUCAAAGUGCAGUCCUUGGGUGGCAGCAAAGAGGCGGCUCAGCAGCUCAACCACGUCGACGGCUCGUCCAAGGGGCCCCAGCCGCCCCUCGAUCGCUAUUCCCUGAGUGAGAGACCCCGCUUCGAGUACCCGAGCCUCGCCCAUGCUGGCAGGCUUCCCAAUGGCCUGAAUGGACCCAAUGGCUUCCCCAAACCCGAGGACAUUCCGCCAGAACUCAACCGCCAGAGCCCCAAUUCAUCUCGAAGAAACCAUGGCAUCGUGCCCCCGAGCCCAGUCACGGUGCCGCCCAAUUUGUUGCCACAGACCACUUUAAACGGUCCGUCCGCAGCCCUGGGCCCACACGGGCUGCUCGGUCGGCCGUCUCCUUCUGGCAGCCUGGCUGGCACAUCGGUGACGGUCAGCAGCCAGGUCCUGAGCGAUGUAAACAAACGGCCGGGCUCGGUGUCCAGCAGUGACCAAGAGAGGGAACUCAAGGAGAAACAGAGAAAUGCCGAGACCCUGGCCGAGCUCGGCGAGAGCUUGAGAAACCGCUCCGAGGACUGGGUCAACAAGCCCAAGAUCGUGCGGGAGACGCUGCUCACCCUGUCCAACUGCAACCCCUUCGAUGUGCGCUUUAAGAAGGAUCACUCCCUACUGGGCCGGGUGUUCGCCUUCGACGCCGUCUCUAAGCCCGGGAUGGACUUCGAGUUGAAGAUUUUUAUUGAGUAUCCGAGCGGUUCGGCCAAUGUCUUCUCCAGCGCCUCGGGAGUUGCCAAGCAGAUGUACCAGGACUGCAUGAAGGAUUUCAGCAGAGGCCUAUCGUCUGGCUUCAAGUACUUAGAGUAUGAGAAGAAACAUGGCUCGGGAGACUGGCGCUUGCUGGGUGACCUGCUGCCCGAAUCAGUGCGUUUCUUUAAGGAGGUGGUGGGGGCCGACAUGCUGCCGCAGCCCCAUAUAGACGCCAAUUGCCCCAUCUUACCCACAGCCUUGUGCAAUAUACCCCGGCCCCCGCCCAACACCUCAAGAACUGGGAUGCGCAAACGGAAAGCGUCUCCUGAACCCGAUUCUGAAACGAGCAGCGUAAAGCUGGAAGAGCGGCAGCAGCAGUGGCUGUCCAACCAAAAUGAAGCCUUAAAGCUUACGAUGGCGGCAUCGGGCAGUUUUGGCUCAGGCAGUGUGGCGCACGGGGGUUCCGCUCUGCCACCCAAUCGGACCACCCCUCCCGAAUGCAGCGCCCAAAAUGGCCAGUCGCCCAUGGCUGCCCUCAUGUCCGUGGCUGACACCCUUGGAAAUGCCCACUCUCCAAAGGACAGCAGCAAUUCGGUACAUUCGACCACGAGUACCAGCACUAGGAGGAACAGCAACAGUCCAGUGUCCCCUGCCUCGGGAGGUGGCCAGCGUCGGAUGGUUUCCAGAAACGGGGAUGCUGCUCUGUCCGUUGCGCCACCUAACAGCCAUCCCAACCCCAGCAUUGACCCCGUUCAUCCCCCAAACAUUCCAGACUCACCGAUGGCCAACAACGGGCCCCUGUGCUGCACCAUUUGUCAUGAACGUUUGGAGGAUACUCACUUUGUGCAAUGCCCAUCGGUGCCCAAUCAUAAAUUCUGUUUCCCAUGUUCUCGGGAAAGCAUCAAGGCGCAAGGGGCGAAUGGAGAAGUUUAUUGCCCCAGUGGAGAAAAAUGCCCUUUAGUAGGUUCAAAUGUCCCUUGGGCAUUCAUGCAAGGAGAGAUUGCUACAAUCUUAGCAGGGGACGUUAAGGUCAAAAAAGAAAGAGACCCAUAAUUUCUUAACUUCAGUAAUUGAAGUAAAAUGUGAAUAAGAACUAAAAAAAGUUAGUCUUAUGUAUAGACAUUUUUCAUUUCCGUCGUAUGUUUCUAUAUUUUGAAACAAGGUAUGUACUCUUCUUCAUUUGAAGGAUGAACCUGUUUUUGUUUAAAGAAUAUCAGAUAUUAUUGCUUAAUACUGUUUUCACUUAUGGCAGUGUGUUGGCUAGGUACAGAGCAUAGCACUUAGCAAUUAACGCUGCUGGUGUGUUUUUGUAAAUGUAUGCACUUCGCUGAAUUGCCAAGGCCAGUGUUGACGUCUGCAGAAAUGCAAACAAAUUGUUACAAAGAAUGGUUACAGUUAGCUAUGUUACAAGCCCUGGAGGUAAUCUCCUACAAAGUGACUUUUUUUUAAAAGGUGAGGGGUUCUUUUUAUUAGUUUCCAAGGGCAAAAUAUUUCAUUUUAUGAUCCAGUGACCUGAAUUUUUUUAUAAUGUGUUAUUUUGCUUUAUGGAUGCACGAAUGCUUUAAAUAGUAGAGCAAAAUGCUGUACUGUAUAUGACAAAACUGCUCUGUUUGUUCUUUAUACAUUUCUGUAGUAACAGAAGACUGUAAUGUGCCUUGGAACUGAAUAAAUUGUAAUAAAUUCGAUGAAUAAG